CGACUUCGUUCAAUCUCGCGACAUCUGCUCCGCUCCGACUCCGCGCCGACGUCGACGACCCACGCGACAACUACCACUGCGCACUGCGAAAAGGCAAAUUGCCAGACUUCCCUCCCCAUCCCCCCUCGAUAUCCGCCCUCCGCCAUGUCCCACAGCCUCUACGGCAUCGUCACCAAGACGGGCGCGAUGAGCAAGACAGUUACUGUCUCCGUGCCACGGUACUUUGAGCACGCCAAGCUGCUCAAGCGCAUUCACAAGGAGACCAAGAUGCUUGUGCACGACGAGAAUGAGACCUCUAUGCUCGGCGACGUUGUUGUCAUUCGCCACGGCAAGCCCUUCUCGAAGCGCAAGAGCUACUUUAUCCAGUCGCUUGACAACCGCCCAGACUACCCCGGCCUUCCCGAAAAGUCCGUCUAUGUCGGCCUCGCCAACAAGAACGCGGCCAACCUGAUCGCGGCGCAGAAGGCGAAGGCGAAGAGGAGAGAAGAGGAGGAGGCGGCCAAGCUCUCCAAGGUUGAAGAGCUCAUCAAGAAGGCGCAGUGGUAGGUAGCAUUAGCAUGACAUUCAUCAUUUCCCAACGUCGUUCCUCAUCCGAUUC